AUGAGACAGCGAGCUCGGCGGCAAAGUAUAGGAGGUCGCCAGCGGCGUCCAUUCAGCCUAGUCAUUCUUCUCGUAAGUGCCUGGGCCUUAUAUCUCAUCCCGAAGUACCUUGCAGGAGAUCUCUUUCUAGAUGGAAGCAAGGGAACAGAAGGAAUACCAACCAAGGCAAGAUCAACGAGCUCUCCGGAGUCGACAGUCAGCCGUCGGGGCAUGGGCGAUCUUCUCCGCAGGCGAGGCAAUGGCCAGAAGGAUGGGAAGGGCAUUAGCAACUCCCCGGUGAAGAGGCCACACACCGAGCAACUCGCCUUUAUCACUGUCGGCCCUAGCACACCGAGUCACAACGUCAGGUUCAAGAAGGUAAUGGUAAAGAAAACGCCAAAUGUGACCCUGCUCAAGAUCAGAAAAUCGCUCAAUAAGAAUGGCACACAAAAGGGAGCAGACGCCAUAGACCACUACUUCACAUUCUCAGUCUCAGAUAAGGAUGCCCUUGAGGACAAGCUGCGACCGACUGCCGAUGAAGCCACAUUUACCAGUGACGGCACCUUCCAGACCAUCAGCAACGGUGAUCAGGAGAGGAGCCAGCCUGUAGGGACUAAGACGCAAGAAAUCGGCCAGACUCAUUCAGACAGGUUUUUUUCUCAUUACAACCACACAGAACAUGGCGUCAGGUCUCAACCAGAGACAAUGUUCGACGCUGUUGAAGAGAAAACGCCCAAAAUGAACCACCGUGGUAAAGAUGAGGUGCCAGUACCAUACAGCAUCGAAGAAUUAGACACUCGAACAAUUCACGAAUCGACGGGAAACGCCACCAAUCCCAGGCCCGCCCCUAGAGCCCAAUACAAGCCUCGACAAACACGAGAAGCUAGCGACCCACGCCUUGAAGAGAGUUCAAAGCCCAAGCCUGCUACGAGAGCCCAAUCCAAGCCUCGGCAAACACGAAAAGCUAGCGAUCCACGAUUUGAAGAGAGUUCAAAGCCCAAGCCUGCUACGAGAGCCCAAUCCAAGCCUCGACAAACACGAAAAGCUAGCGAUCCACGAUUUGAAGAGAGUUCAAAGCCCAAGCCUGCUACGAGAGCCCAAUCCAAGCCUCGGCAAACACGAAAAGCUAGCGAUCCACGAUUUGAAGAGAGUUCAAAGCCCAAGCCUGCUACGAGAGCCCAAUCCAAGCCUCGACAAACACGAAAAGCUAGCGACCCACGCCUUGAAGAGAGUUCAAAGCCCAAGCCUGCUACGAGAGCCCAAUCCAAGCCUCGACAAACACGAAAAGCUAGCGAUCCACGAUUUGAAGAGAGUUCAAAGCCCAAGCCUGCUACGAAAGCCCAAUCAAAGCCUCGGCAAACACGAGAAACUAGCGACCCACGCUUUGAAGAGAGUUCGGGUGAGCAACCUGUUGCUACACAAGUGCCAGAAGAGUUUUCAACAGCAAACACUCUCUGGAGCCGUGGAAGUGCCGCUGGACCAAGCAUGGAGGCAGUAACACAGAUGAUGCAGACCACAAGACAAGGUACAGUCAGUAACCUAGAAACAACUGCAGUCAGUACAGCCAAAGUGACAACUGCAACAAUUGUCAAAGGACAACAACAAGGGGGGUUAAAUGCAAUGGAAAACGUCCCUAAGUCAGGUAACUACGAGUAG